CGCGUUCUUUCUUCACUUCAAGUUCUUCGUAUCUCCCACUCAAUCAUCUUGAAAGUUCAAUGUUUUGAUCAUCAAUCUUAAGAAUUCAUACCCAUUUCAUUCAUUAACAAUCUCAAUCUCAACUUCACAAAUCCAACUUCAAAUUCAAGACUUCGAUCACCAAAUUCCAUUUCACCACAUCCUUCGAUUUCAAUGAUUGCAGUUCGAUUGAAUUCAAUUUUACGAAACCAAUUUCUACUCAGUCUAAGAUCACUAAUCUUAUUAGGAAUCUUAUUUAUUACUUUAAUCUUUCUAACGUAUUUUAAAUCAAACCAACAUUUUACAAAAUCAUCAACAUCAUCCAUCAAAUUCCAAUCAUCCUUUCUACAAAGUACUUCUACAUCUGAUGAUAUUUCAUUCAAUCCAAACUCAAUAAAAGAUGCAAGUUUAAAUUACAGAAGGUUCUUAGAAUUAACUACUUCACCCUCGGGGUUCAAUCAACAUCAUCCAACACUAGGAUUCGAUCAUAUUUAUUGUAUUUCGUUACCUGAAAGGAUUGAUCGAAGAAUUACAAUGAAAAAGAUUGCGAAUGCAUUAGGAAUCGAAAUUACAUUUAUAAAUGCUACUUCGAAAGAUUCGAAUAUAAUUAAAUGGAUCAGCGAAAAAGCGUAUGAGAUUAGAAAAGAAAAGAUCAGACAUAUCAAAAAACAUACAGGAAUGAAGUCUAGUCAAAUUGGUGGGAUGGGUGUUGAGUCCAUUUGGUUAACAGUAAAUGAAGGGAAAUUAUCUAAUCAAGACUCUCUAAAAGAUAUUCAUCUACCUGAUUUAGAUUUAUUUGAUAAAGAAUUAAAUGGAAUGAACUGGUUAGAAUAUCUUUGGUCAAUCAAAUCAGAAGAUCAUUCCAAAUUAAAACCCAAGAAUCCUAACUUUAAUGUUACAGAAUCAAUGUGGGAUUUUAAAGAAAAAAUUCCUCAACGUCAAAUCAAUUCUGCAACAGUUUCUACUUUUUAUAAUCAUUUGAAAACGAUUAGAAUGAUUAAAGAAUCUGGUGAUAAAAGUGCUUUGGUUUUAGAAGACGAUGUGGAUUUAGAAUGGGAUUUGGAAAGGAGAUGGAGAACUAUCGAGAGAAGAUUACCUAAAGAUUGGGAAACUGUUUUCUUAGGUCAUUGUUGGGGUAAAGAGAUCUUUGAACCUCAAGUUUUACAUCCAAAUUUACAUAAAUCAACCUCACCAUUAUGUUUACACGGAUACGCAGUCUCAUCCCUAGGGGCCACCAAACUGUUAUCCCUUUUCAAUGAUCCAUGGAUCUCGUUUCAGACUCCGAUAGACACAUGUAUUCCUACAUUUAUAAAAUUAGGUUUAAAAUCAUAUUCCAUAGAGCCACCAAUCAUUAAUCAAUCUAAAAUUUUAAAAAGUGAUAUUCAAAUUGGAAAAGGAUCGAAAUGGAAAGGGUUCUUGGCUGAUAGUGUUUUGGAAAGGAUUUAUAGGUCGGAAGGAGUGAUGAACUCUUAUGUUGAUAAUAUUGAUGAUUCUAAUAAUCUUGAUCCUGCUACUAUUUUUCGGUGGAAAACUUCUUCGACAAAUAUUAAUCCUCAGUUUAUUAAAUGUAAUAAAAAAUUAACUCAAGUCAAUUCAAAUUCAAAUCAUUAAGGAUUUCUCUUUUUAUUUCUCUCUUUUCUUUUUUAUCUCAAUGAAAUAAAUCAGGAAAAACACUUGAAGCUUUAUUUUUCAAAUGAUAAUUUAUUGUGAUCCUUUUUGGUUUAUCAAUCUUAAUUCUUGUUUUUUGUUUUUUGCUUUUUGCUUUCCACUUUUCUCUUUUCCAAUGUUGUAACUUUCAAGUUGUACAAUUUGUUUGUUAUUUUUUAUCAAUCUGUUUUAUAUAAUUAAUAGAAUUGUAAAACUAUAUUUUAAUUUUCAUUUCAAUGUUGUUUUUCAUUUAUUGUUGUUGGUUGUAGCUUUCUAUAUUGGAAUUAUUUUUGUAUAAGAUUUCAGAAAUGUUUUAAAUAAGUACAGUAUGUUUUUUUGGUAACUUUUCAUUGGAUAUAAAAUGAUAGAUUCUUCUUUUCAAGUUUAUAUAAUACAUUAUAUCUU